GAAGAUAUCAGAUCGCUACAGGAGCAACACAAAGCGGAACUGGAAGCCAUGAAGAAAGCCGAAGCUGAGAGGACGAAGGAUGCCAUUCCUACUGCAGAUAUGAAUCAGAUCUUUACUACUUUAAAGGAUCAAUAUGAAGAGGCAAUACGGUGUUUGAACAGGAAAUAUAACUCUGAUGGGUCAGAGGCGCAAAAUCUGGAGAAGAAAAACCGAGAUCUGAAGGAAAACAUCAGAUCGCUAAAGGAGCAACACAAAGCGGACUUCGAAGCCUGGAAGAAAGCCGAGGCUGAGAAGAUGAAGGAUGCCAUUGCUAGUUUACAGGACCAGCUGGCGCAGGAAAAGCACAAGGCGCAGCAGCAGAAAGCGAUGGAAAUGGCAAUGGAAACCGAGAGGGAGAAAUUCGAAAUGGACAUCAGAUUUAUGCGUGACGAGCUGAAAAUUUUAGAGGAUAAAUGCAAGAAGGAAAAACAGGACGAGGACAAGAACUAUGGCUCAGAUGAGUCGGAUACACAACGGCUGGCGAAGGAAAGCCGAGAUCUGAAGGAGAAUAUUAGCUCGCUACAGGAAACAACACAAAGCGGACUUAAAAGCCUUGAAGAAAGCCGAGGCUGAGAAGAUGAAGGAUGCUAUUGCUAGUUUACAGGAUAACUACAAAGACUAUGCACAGGAAAUGAACCGGCGACAUAACGAGGCGGAAAAAGAAAAAAAGGAUUUGAAUGAAAACAUCAGAGUGAAAUCAGAGGCGAUGGAGGCAAUACAGGCUAAAUACGAGGAGAUGAGUGGGAUAUUUAACGCGAGGGAGGCUGAGAUUCAGAAGUUGCAGAUGGAAAAUAGCCAUUUGAAGGAACAGGAGCAACACAAAGCGGAUUUAGAAGCCAAGAAGGACGCCGAGGCGGAGCAGAUGAAGCAGGCUAUUGCUAGUUUACAGGCUAAAGUCGCGGAGCAGAGGAGGAUAUUUACAACUGAAUAU